CAAUGUUGACGUAGGUUGUCAACAAAACAAAACUUUUGAAAAUUUUUAACAACUCUAGAAAGUAAAUAAAAAAUGUUAUAGUUUUUUGUUAUAGAAUAGAUCGAAACUAGUAAAGAAUAAAAAAUCAAUUUCGUUGAGAUAAAAUGCUUUGAUUUCCUAUAAAAUUUCUGUAUAUUUGUCAUAUUAGAAAGCUGAAAUAACGGUACCCAAAUACACAGACUUACCUUAUCACACACUAUUAUGAGUUAACUGAGAUUAUGGCUAAGAAGUUAAGUGCCGAUAAUAACAACCAAAAAUGGACCGCAUUUUUGUUCAUAUGUUUCUUAACAUUUUUAACAAGAUUUUACAAACUCGAGGAACCUGAUCAUAUUUGUUGGGAUGAGACCCAUUUUGGAAAAAUGGGUAGUUGGUACAUAAACCGAACGUUUUUCUUCGAUGUCCAUCCACCUUUAGGAAAAAUGCUGAUAGGUCUCUCGGGCUAUCUAACAGGCUACGAUGGAACAUUCAGCUUCGACAAACCAGGGGAUAAAUAUGAAAACACUUCUUAUUUAGGAAUGAGAAUUUUUUGUAGUUCUUUGGGAGCAAGUAUAGUACCGAUGUCCCUGGUAGCAGUAGAAGAAAUGACGGGAAGUUUAUCAUCAGCUCUAUUUGCUUCGACAUUAUUACUGUUCGAUGUGGGACUCAUCACACUUUCGCAGUACAUCCUCUUAGAUCCUCUACUGCUGUGUUUCAUGAUGGGAUCCUUCAUGGGGGCCGUGAAAGUCUCUUCGAAAAACACCCGAGAAUUCUCGUUGAAAUGGUGGCUGUGGUUGAUAUUUACCGGAACGAUGCUCGCUUGUUCCAUUUCCGUCAAGUUCGUAGGACUGUUUAUUGUGCUGCUGGUGGGAUUCAUGACGAUAUCCGAUCUUUGGCACAUCCUGGGAGACAUGAGUAAACCUGUGAGCCACACGUUGAGAAAUCUAGCAGCCAGAGCAUUAUGUUUGAUUGUCCUUCCUAUAGUUUUCUAUGUAAUUUUCUUCUACGUUCAUUUGCGCGUGCUCAACAGAAGUGGAAACGGAGACGGUUUUUACAGUUCGGCGUUUCAAUCUCAACUCAUAGGCAACAGUCUUCAUAACGCUAGUAUGCCUCACCAAGUAGCUUACGGAGCUAUAAUCACCUUAAAAAACCAUCGUACAGGAGGAGGAUACUUACAUUCGCAUUUCCAUCUCUAUCCAGAAGGCGUUGGAGCUAGACAGCAACAGAUAACUACUUACACGCACAAAGACGACAACAACAAAUGGUUGAUUAAAAAAUACAACGCGGAACCCACCGGCGAUGAGAUUCAAAUCAUCCAAAACGGCGAUUUGGUGCGCUUGGAACACCUACCAACCAGAAGAAACCUCCAUUCGCACAAAGAGCAAGCUCCCAUCACUAAGAAACACCUACAGGUGACCGGCUACGGGGAAAACGGAACGGGCGACGCCAACGACGUCUGGAGAGUGACGGUGGCGGGCGCGACAGUCGGCAGCGAAAUAACGGCGGUGACCACCAAGCUGAAGUUGGUGCAUUAUCUGCAAUCCUGCGUCCUCACCACCAGCGGCAAGCAGCUACCCAAAUGGGGAUACGAACAGCAAGAGGUCACUUGCAAUCCGAAUUUGAGGGAUCCGAACGGUUUGUGGAACGUGGAGGAGAACGUUUUCGACAAAUUACCAAACGUGAGUUUUGAGGUCUACGCUCCGAGUUUUUUGGAAAGAUUCUUGGAAUCCCACGCAGUUAUGUUGCAAGGGAACGCAGGCUUGAAACCCAAAGAAGGCGAAAUAACAUCGAAACCAUGGCAGUGGCCGAUUAACUAUAGGGGUCAAUUUUUCUCGGGCACCCAGUACCGGAUCUAUUUACUGGGCAAUCCGGUAAUUUGGUGGGGAAAUUUGGUUUUUAUAGUGCUGUUUUUGAUCGUCUUUGGGGCGAAUGUAAUUAAACUUCAAAGGGGUUACAUCGAAUCGUUCCAGGAUUCUCAUAAGAAAAAAUUGUCCGCUUGCGCUUGGCUUUUCGUAGGAUGGGCGUUGCAUUACGUGCCCUUCUGGGCAAUGGGGCGCGUCCUCUAUUUCCACCAUUAUUUCCCAGCUCUUCUCUUCAGUUCCAUGAUAACAGGAAUCCUAAUCGAUUACAUACUCGAAGAAAUCCCAUGCUAUUUCUCGGGGCGGAACGCUCAAGUUGUCUACCAGAUUUUAUUAGGACUGAUUGUGUCGACGCUUAUUUAUAGUUUUUAUUUAUUCGCUCCACUUGCUUAUGGAAUGUCUGGGCCAUUUGCAAACGAGCCGAAUUCCACCAUGCAUGGGUUAAGGUGGAUUGAAACGUGGGAGUUUUGAGAUAUUUAAUAGUAUUUAUUUAAUUAUUGAAACGUCUAUUUUUAUAUAAAUUUAUU